AUGACAGACUCAACCCCACCUCAACUCAAAUGGUCCGGUACAUUCGUGAUUGAUAGAUCGGCCCCUACGCCAACAGGCGACAAGAUUAUUCUUCCCUCCUCGGCGCUGCAACAGCUUCUAGAUGCCAAUGCCGCCGCCGCUUCGGCUUCUGCCGCAUCGGCUUACUCGUAUUCCACGCCGGUCGUUACGAGAUACACUAGUCCAUACAACAGCUUUGGCCCGGCUGCUCAGCCAGAGCAGCAAAAGCUUCCAUACCCAUUGAUGUUCCGCUUGGUCAAUGAAAGGAAUGGAAAGUUUGUUCAUGCUGGCGUCAGAGAGUUCUCGGCCGAGGAGGGACAGGUUGCGCUGAGCCCUUUCCUGCUGCGGUCACUAGGGUUGGCGGAGCAAGAAAAUACCCCCAGCACAGCGAACAAUGGUGGCGAGGCUGAAAGCAGAAGCAAAAGCUCGGAUCAUGUGAGGAUAUCAGCACAUCAACUCCCAAAGGGAGUUUAUGUUGGCCUGGCACCGGUCCACGACUACGCGAGCUACGACCCGGCGAUUCUCGAACCAUUACUCGAGAGGGAACUUCGACAAGGUUACACGACGUUAUCUACAGGCACGAUAUUACAUGUCAAGAGAGGUCCAACAGAGGACUACGAGUUCACAGUAGAGAGUGUCAAGCCUGAAGGUGAUGGAAUCUGCGUGAUUGACACGGACUUGGAACUCGAUCUGUUGAGGAUACCAACGGCAACUGCGCAAGAUGCCGGUAACGGCAUGAAUGGCUCGAGGGAGACGGACAGCGCAGAAAAGAGUUCGCCAGGUGGCGAUAUUACCAUAUGGAAGGCGGUCGAAGGACAGGUGCGACACGGCGAUUAUGUUGACUACGAUCUCUCCUCAUGGGACAAGUCUCGUGGGCUGGUCCUCGAGGCUGUACCCAUGUCCGAACAACCUGGUUUUUUCCUUGAUAUUUUCGUUAGCCCCAAGACUCCUCACCUUCGCCAGCGCCCAAGGGAAUUACAACACUGGACCGCCCGCAUGGGGCCAUAUACUAAUCGCGAGCCUGUUAGGCUGGAAAUGCCAGCGGGCUCUUUUGGUAAUGAUGAGGCAGAUGAAGCGGAGGGCUUGAUGAUAUCAGUUUAUGGCUUCAAAGAUGAGGCAGCUCCUGGCGCUGGACUGCAGAAGUUCUCUCUCCGCGUCAACACCUGGGACGCAACAGACACCAAGCAGGUACCACCUGCGGCUGCUGAUGAGGUGGCUCCUGGAGAUGCUGCCGACAUGCAAAAGUGCAAGGAUUGCGGACAAUGGAUCCCGAAACAAAGUUUUACUAUGCACACCCUGCGAUGUGCCCGCAAUCCGAAAUGCGCUCAAUGCGGGCUCGUCGCCAGCCGUGACGAACUUCGCGAGCACUGGCACUGUGAUCACUGCUCAUCAUACGGUGAUAGGCUUUUUGCACAGCAAAAGCAUAACGACCGUAUGCAUCCAGCAAACACCCUCCGCUGCUCGUGUUCGGCAGCUCUCGAGUUCGACUCGGUUCCCGCUUUGUCCCGUCAUCGCGUAACAGAUUGUCCAGAUAAGGUUAUCCUCUGCCGUUUUUGCCAUCUUGAGGUACCGCAAGAGGGUGACCCGACCGAUCCCUCCGACGUUGCACAAGCUGCUUACACAGGACUCACGGCACACGAGCGGGCUGAUGGAGCGCGCACGGCAGACUGUGACCUGUGCGGCGCCAUUGUCAGGCUACGCGACAUGUCAAGUCAUUUACGACACCACGAGAUGGACAAGAAGGGCCGCGCCGCGCCGUCUGGGUGUCGAAAUUCCAUGUGCGGUCGGACGCUCCAUGGUGUCGGGCCCAAGGGCACAGUGGGUCCGGCGGCGGGCAACCCGAAUAACGAUAUGGGCCUCUGCAAAAGCUGCUAUGGGCCGUUGUACGUGUCCAUGCACGACCCCGAGGGAAAGGCGCUGCGCCGGCGCGUGGAGCGGCGGUACCUCACGCAGCUGAUGACGGGUUGCGGUCGUUCUUGGUGCAGUAAUGAGUGGUGCCGAACGGGACGGGCGAACACGGGGAAAGAGGCAUUGGGGACAUCUGCUUCUGCAGCGCUGCCGCUUGUCAAGCCGCUUGUUACUCCUGAGGUAAUUGCGGAUAAGAGCGCCCCGAUGCACUUUUGCGUUGACGAGGCCACCCAGAGAAAUGUUGUGGUUGCGGAGAUGUUAGCUGCCGAGGGGGUGUGGGGGCCCGAGUGGUGUGUCGCCGCGGUGGAAGCGGAGAAGGGCGACCGAGACAGGGCGAGGGAGUGGCUGCAGAACUGGGCGCCGAAUAAAUAUGAGUGA